AUGCCGUCUUCUAGUAUGGCAGCAGUGGAGGCGACUCUUCAGACAAAUGGCCAAGAAAGCAUCGCCAGACCACCGCUUUCCGUCGCUCUCCAUGUACCCAUCUCAGCUGCCGAUCUCGUCAGCUCAGCUCAAGGCACUGCAGCACCGUUGUCGGGAAAUCCGAAUCGAAGAUCGCACAUUCAGCAGAACAUCACCGCGCUUCCCACGCUUCCUGAAGCGUCGCACGCCAAUGCGCUCAACACAGCCACUGGACCAGCACCUGCAGCUCUCGGCUUGACUGCUGACUUGGAUCCGACCACAGCGGCAGCGCUCAACGGACUGAGCCCAGCACAAAAGACGCUCGCCCUCUCUCGAUCCCAAGGCUACGAUCUGAUCGUGUUGGAGCUAGCGAAUGAGCGGUGGAAAGAAAGAUGGGAAAGGCUGUGCCUUGCCAAUCCUGCCGACUUGCCUUCAGUGUCAGGCUCAUCAGCGGCUCAACCUCCGCCAUUGACAGCAGGUGGAGCCAUGCUAGCUCGUAGCAGUAGUCGACAGGGCUUGAACAGCUUCACUCUCGGAGGAGGAGUUAGACCAUCACCCUCCCCCGCCGCCAGCAGCAGCGGUCACGGCUCGACCUUCGCAACGAUCGCACGCGAAGCCGAAGAAUGGCGCAGAGCACCAGCAUUCAAGCGCUCCGAAGUCAACCUCACCAAGCUCGAAGAAACAGAAGGCGUCGUCGCACUGGCGAGUCAAUGGAUCGAGCUCGACUCGCCCGAUGAAGGUGUUCGUCUCGAUUGCGAGCUGGCUCUCCGUCAAGAGCUCGCAUAUGCUUCCUACCUUGGCAUCUCGAACCUCAUCAUCCCGCCACCGUCGUCGGAUCCUGCGCGUAGACCCUUCUUGGCAGACUAUGCACGUGCCGUCAACUCUUGCUUGGCGAGUGGAAGCGCAGAAACAGCGGCGGCAGGCUCGUGGAUGACCAUCACUAUCCAACUUCCCAUUUCUUCACCCCACCAGCUCAGCAAGAUUCUUUCACGCCAGAAUGGCAAGAAUGGCUACGGACUCACUGCUUCCACCACCGCAGGCAGUACAGCCUCUGCAAGCUCGCAAGCCUCUCACGCCAGUGCAUCGUCGUCAGCAGCACUUCUACGAGCAGAGGAUGACUGGGCUUGGGAGACUUGGGAACAGAUUCGACAACUCUGCUCGUACAACACGCGUCUUCAACUUGCUCUCGACCUCGGAAGCCCAUUGCCAGGACCUAGCAUCUUGGCACGCUGGAUGGCUGAGCCAGUCAGCAUGCUCUGGGUUCCCAGCUCUGCUUACCUUGCCAACGCAAAGGGCUUCCCAGUACUGUCGAAAGCUUCUCAGAACUUCUUCCGCACCUUAUUCAAGAAGAAUCCCACCGUCGUGCUCAGCAGUGUUCAAAGUCCACCACCAUCCCAUUCAAGGGGUGGCCCUCUCGCAUACUUGCAGUACCUGCGUCACUUGGAGAAAGCGACACCACCAGAAGCAGCCGUCGAUUCUUUCGCUCGUGGAUACACAGACUGGCUUCAAGCACCAUUGCAGCCAUUGAUGGACAAUCUGGAGGGUACAACAUACGAAGUAUUCGAACGUGAUCCGGUCAAGUAUGCGUUGUACGAGGAAGCGGUGUACAAGGCGCUGUUCGAUCGCCCAGUGACUUCAAGCACGUUAAUUUGGGUGUGCGGAGCUGGCAGGGGACCUCUGGUGGACCGCUGCCUCAAUGCAGCAGAUCGAGCAGGACGUGCUGUACGCAUCGUUGCGUUAGAGAAGAACCCGAACGCGCUGGUGACACUGCAGGAGAGACAGGCACUCGAGUGGGGAGACCAGGUCAAGGUCCAGUACGGCGACAUGCGACGUCAUGCCGUCCCUUCGAGCAUGGCCGAACGACCAGAUAUUGUCGUCAGUGAGCUACUUGGCAGUUUCGGCGACAACGAGCUGUCGCCAGAGUGCCUUGAUGGUGCCAUGCGGUUCCUGAAGCCGAAUGGCAUUUCAAUCCCAUCCUCAUACACUGCCUUUCUGUCGCCAUUGUCCUCCUCAAAGCUACACACCGAAGUGCUCAACGGCUCCAAUGCAGCUUUAGGAUCAGCAGUACAAAAGAGCUCCGAAACACCCUACGUCGUGCUCUUCCAAAACGUAGCUCUCCUCGCUGCUCGUGGAGGAAGACUCAAUUCAGAACAAGUGCAAGAAUCCUGGACAUUCGAACAUCGCCCCUCCGCCAUCACCCCGUUAGUGUACGACGAGCAGGGACUUCCCGUUUCCAACGGUCACAACAUUCGGUCAGCAAAACACACCUUCCACAUUCCGCAAGCUGGUACUUGUCACGGUCUAGCAGGCUACUUCGAAGCUCACCUCUAUGACAAUGUCACUCUCAGCAUCCAUCCCGAUCCGGUGCGAGGAUCGAAAGACAUGCUGAGUUGGUUCCCUAUCUACUUCCCCUUCCGAGAACCGCUCUAUUUGCCAGCCAACUCGGAAUUGGAUGUCCACAUGUGGCGCUUCACUUCAUGCAAUCGAGUCUGGUACGAGUGGAAUGCGGAGGCUUUCCUCCCUCUCUCCCUCUCUGCUCUGGAUGGCAGUGCCAAGGGUCAGCAGCAGCAGGGACAGGGCAGACCUUUAUCGUUGGACGCAAGUUCGUCGAUGAGUUCCACUGGAACUGCUGCUGAACAACAUAACUUUUCGAACGCGCCUAAUACGCCUCGCAUUCCGAGCGUUUCGUUGGGUCAACAGCCGCUAGAGAACCGGGGACUGCAGUCGAGUGCGAUGCCACAAACACCGGUGACAAGAGUCAAAAUCGGGAUGACUAGAUUGCAUAAUCCUGGAGGAAGAAGUUCCUGGAUUGGACUGUAG